AUGGAUACUGCAUCCAGUGCCAAUCUACAGGAAGGAAAUUCGACCCUCAAUGUCGAAAGAAGCAAUGUUGAAGAAGAAGUUGUGCCUGAGCUGGAACGUGACGAGAAUGGUCGCAGUGGGGAACAAGUGACUUCUCCGUGGCUUCUCAUCCGGAAGCGGCUGGACCUUCCACAAUGGGAACAACUGGAUUUGAAGAUGAAUCAAGUUCAUCCGACAUUGCUGAGGAGCGAAAACGAUAGGAACGCAAGAGUAAAAGUCUCAAGGAUUGGUCGAUUAUGGCGGACAAUCAACCCCGGACGUUCGGCACUGACUUUCAAGAAAUUCCACCCGAACAAACUGCAGAAGUCUGAACAGAUUGCUGUUGAUCACGAUAUGAAGAACUUCUCAAUGUACGACAUCUUCCACGAUAUUGUACUUCAACCUCACAUGCCACUGGAAAGUGUAACGAGCUGCUUCGUUAAGCAGUUUUGCACGAAGUUCAACUGCGGUGCCGUGAACAUCAAGCUCUGA